AUGGACACGCAGGUUGGUGAAGACGUGUCUGCUGUCAAGCCACCGGAAGCGAAAGAGAAGAAGUGUGUCACUUUUGCUGCCGAUGUGGAGGAGAGAUUCGAGCCCAGGACGUGCUAUAUGUUUGACCGUAAUGGCUCUCAUUAUUUCCCAGGAAAGUAUGCACCGGAGAGCAAAUCGGCAUACAUCAACACAAGCGGGUACGAAUUAGACAUGGCGUCGAUUCAGCAACUAAAGAUUUACGUCAUCAAGCACGGUCCUGGUCUGGUCAGUCCUCACAAGUAUGAGGAAGGGCUGGUUGGACUACAUCCGUUGUGGCCCCAGCUUCGAGACUUCAUGAAAGCAGAGAAGGACGGUGAAAUGGAUGAAGAUAAGGACGGUAUUGUGGUGCACCAUAACAAUAUGUGA